CCUUGGCUGGAACCCAGAUCAUGUCAUACGCCCACUUCAGUGCAGCGAGCAGGAAUCGGACUGCUUGGCAUGGCCGCCCCUCUCUUCUCUCCGCGCUGCCGCGCAGUCCGCUCCUCGCCCGUCGACACGCACGGCUUCAGGGCUGAUCACCAUCCCGGAUAAACACAAUACCAUAAGUUAGUACCUCGUUUACACCAACAGUGAACGACCGAGCCGACAGCGACAGUCCAAACCAAAUUCAAUCGCAGCUGCCACUGCCACUGCCACUGCCCAUGGAACGCGAGGAGCCGCACCUCUCGCCCCUGCGCCGACUGAGCUCGGCGGUGCGCUGGAGCUGGUACGCGAUCUCGCUGAGCUGGGGAGGCAUCGCGGUGCUGCUGCACCAGACGCCGCACCAGUUCCGCGGACUGUCCACCCUCGGGACGAUCGUGUUCCUGGCGAACCUCGUCCUCUACGUCUUCAUCACGGGGGCGUUCAUCUUCGAAGCGAUCCGCCCGAGCGGACACCCGAAGCCGUCCGGCGCAUGGAGCGUCCGCCGACGGGUGCUGCACCUCCAGCAACCCACCGAGCUGUACUUCCUCCCGAUCGCCCUCCUGGCGUUCGCGGCGAUCGUGUUCGGGGUCUCGUACUACGGGACGCCGCACUGCGGACCGUGGCUGGGGCGGACCCUGCACGUCGUGUUCUGGGUGUAUACGGGGGUCUCGCUGGCCCUGUGUGGGCUCCUCGCGUGGAUCCUCCCCCACACACACACGCAACCGGAGGCGCACUACCCGAUCGUGCAGAUCCUGCCCUUCUUCCCGCCGAUGCUGAGCGGGACGAUGGCGGGGAUUCUGGCCCCGAACCAACCCUCCGCGCGGGCCCUUCCCAUGCUCGUCGGGGGCACGACGAUGCAAGGACUGGGCAUCCUGAUGUUCUUCGUCGUCCUCACGCAGACUGCCCACUCGCUCACCCGCAGCGGACUGCCCGCUCCCCACUUCCGCCCGGAGAUGUUCAUCGCGGUGGGCCCGCCGUGCUUCACCAUCCUCGCGUGGUGCGGCAUGGCGCAGGCGGCGGUGGAGACGCUGCCGCCGCACUUCCUCUCGCAGGCGAGCCACGUGCCGACGGCGGAGGUGCUGUAUGUGCUGGCCGUGGCGGCGGGGGUGAGUCUGUGGGCGCUGGCGUUGGUGCUGUGCGCGCUGGCGGGGGCGAGUCUCGCGGAGGCGCUGGUGCGCGGGACGAUCCGCUAUGAGCUGAACUGGUGGUGCAUGGUGUUUCCGCUGACGGGGUUCGUGCUGGCGACGUGUACGCUGGGACAGGCGCUGGAGGCGCCGGCGGUGCUCUGGGUGGGAAGUGCGAUGACGAUUGCGCAGGUGGCGCUGUGGUUGGUGAUCUGUGGGUGUCAGGUGGUGGUGUGGGUGCGACGGGGGUGGAGCUCUUGAUCCAUUGCUGUUGGAGUUCUACUGUCCGUGCUUUUUCUCUAUGUUAGGGUUGCCUUUGGCCAGGAAGCUGAAAGAAAAGGGGGGUCCGGGGGUUCUCCCCCGGAACGCUAUAUAACCCCAGGAAUUCAGGAUGAGUUUGGCCAGGAAGCUGAAAAGAAAGGGGGGUCCGGGGGUUCUCCCC